GAAUUAUUACACUCUACAUACCGGCGUUUCAUUAAAAAAAAAAUGUUUUUGAAAUUUUUUAUGAUAUGUCUACAAUAUGGAAUUUGAUAGCUCUUAUACUGAUACCCAUUUAAGUGAUUAUACAUUGGAAGAUAUACCAUUUUAUGAAAUACAAUAUCCAUCGCAAUUUAUUGAUAUCUAUGAUACAACGACAUCAAUGUCAUCGCUUUAUAUAAAUAGUGGUACAUUAUCUGGUAAACAAAUAAAUAAUUGCAAUAUUAGCAGUACUAUGAGAUUAAAGAAAAAUCGUAAAGUUAGCUUUCUACCAAAUUUAGUCGAGUCUACAAAUGAAUAUCCAAAUGUAUUCAUUAAAGAAGAACCCGAUGAUGGAUCAAGAAAUAUACAAAAAGUACCAAGUCUGUCUGACAUGUCAGAUCAGGAGACUUCCCUGGACUGUCAAACAGAGAUUAAGUAA